CAGCUUUAAACUCUCUGAAACAAGAGGAUGUCUCUGUCAGCAAUUUGAGAUGUAGUGCUGCUGACAAACCAUUGAGCUGCUCUGAGUGUGGAAAACGUUUUUGGACCAAGCAACAUCUGACAAGACACAUGCUAACUCAUACAGGAGAAAAACCUUUCAGCUGCUCGGUCUGUAAGAAAUCUUUUACAUUGAGUUGUAAUUUACGGUCACAUAUGAGAACUCACACAGGAGAAAAACCUUUCAGCUGCAGUGUUUGUCAGAAAACAUUUGCCUGGCAGUCGCUGGUCAAAACACAUAAAUGUGUUGGUCGUCAGACUCAAACUGAGGAGAACAGAAAGGCAGAGCCUCCAGCCAGCAGCUCAACUGAACACAUGGAAACAGAAGCUGAUGGAGAGGACUGUGGAGAACCAGAUCCAGCCAGGAACUCACAUCCAGUUUUACAACCAGAGACUGAAGACCAGACUGGAGACUCUUCAGAGACUGACGUCAGUGAUGGUGAUUGGGAGGAGACCAGAGAACCUCAGUCGGCUUUAAACUAUUUAAAGAAUAACCAAGUCACUGUUGGGGAUAUUAACUUCAAAUCUGUUGGGAAAGCCUUCAGCUGCUCUGAGUGUGACAAAGGGUUUGGUACAAAGGGAAGUCUGAAGAGACACAUGAUGACUCACACAGGAGAGAGACCUUUUAGCUGCUCCGAGUGUGGGAAACGUUUUUCAGAAGGUGGAACGUUACGGGCACACAUGAGAACUCACACAGGAGAGAAGCCUUUCAGCUGCUCAGUUUGUAAAACAUCUUUUAGAGAGCGUGGAAACUUACGGGCACACAUGAGAAUUCACACAGGAGAGAAACCAUUUAGCUGCUCCGACUGUGGGAAAAUAUUUGGCCGCACAUCACUUUUGAAGAGACACAUGCAAACUCAUACAGGAGUAAAACCUUUCAGCUGCUCGGUCUGUAAGAAAUCUUUUACACAGAAGGAAAAUUUACAGAUACACAUGACCAUCCACACAGGACAGAGGCCUUUUAGCUGCUCAUUCUGUGACAGAGGUUUCACAGCGAGAGGAAGUUUGGAGAAACACAUGAGAAUCCACACAGGAGAGAGGCCGUUUACCUGCUCCGUCUGUAGGAAAACCUUUAGAGACAGUGGAACUUUAAAAAGACACAUGAGAGUCCACAACUGACAUGAACUGAGAUGAGACGUUAUACUCUGUUGUGCGGGUCCUUAAGAAGACAUGUCUGUUACAUUUUUGUUCUGUUUCUUCUUAGUUUUUCAAAUGCUGCUUUCUGUUGUCUGCCUCUAACGAAGUGUAACAUUUUCAUAGAACUGAUGCUUCAUCUCGAUAUCAACGUCUCUCACGGCCUCUGUCCAGGGACUACAGAUAAUUAGCUUUUAGCUCCAUUUGAUAUGAAGUAUGUGUUGUUAGGGGUGCAUGAUACUGUAUAUUGACUUAAUAUUGUUUCUGUGAUAUCAAAUUGCGCAUCAUUAUAUCGAAAGUGUUGCAAUAAAUACGCAAUAUGUUUUUAUUUUGUGGAGCGUUGCGUCCAGUCCGUUGGCUGUGUGGCGUAGUUGUGUUUAAUUUAGAAACGUUUGAAACGCUAUAAUGAUCACGUUUCAUUGGCACAGAAUGAAUCAGAGACUUGAAAUAAAAGACAGGACCGAAAGAGAGAGCGAAGGGGGUCAGUGGAACAAAAGAAAGAACUCAAAAGUAAGUAAAUGAGGGAGAGAAGACAAAAAAAUGAGUUGUUUGAACUGCAGGAAUCUGACUUGGGAGAUAAAUAACCUGCUCUUUAUGAAAACACUGUAUAUCAUGCUAACCAAACAUAUAUCUACUCUAUUAUGUUGUAGACUGUAUAUUAAUGGACAGAGCAUGUGUCCCAGGAGGCUUUGGGAGUACCAGCUGAGCUGAAAUGUUCCUUUUUGACCUUGGAAACGGCAACGUAACAAGAAAAGUCCAAACACAAGAUCCACUUACUCAGUGUUACCGAAGCGUCCCCACACACAUACAUAUACACACACAUAUAUAUGUAUAUAUCUAUAUAUAUAUAUAUACAUACAUAUGUGUAUUUAUGGUACAGUUGAAACUUGCGUGUGAUCUUGUAGUUUAAUUGCUGUCAGGUUGAGACAAACCAUCCCGGGCUGGGACUACCAGCUUGCUGAUCCCAAACCGGUUUCAUGCAAUGAUGCUGCCAAACCGCCAUAGUGGCCAUGCAGAUGUGUGUCUCCUCCUUCCUUGCUGGGCCCUUCCCAUGUCUCCUCCCUCCUUGCUGGACUCGUAUAUAAUAGGGGGGCCACAGGGAAGGUCACGUCUCCCCCGGGCCAUUCCAUAGGUGUGGUGUGCAGCUCUGCCAGAGAGG